UAUCAGUAAACUUACUUGUGUGUCUUAACAUAUGUGUGCAUGUUACUUCUAGCUACUCUUGUCUCUCUAUAAAACAUUCUAAACAGCAACGAUUCCAAUUAUCCCGACGACGCCGACGACGCCGCUCGGUUAUGAUCGUCGCGUGUGUUUUUUGCCAAAGUUUUCUUUUUCCUGUUGUUGUCUGUCUGAGUUGCAGCGAAACGAUGCAAAGCAGGGAGAGCAUCCCAGGGAUGGUGAAUAUUGACGACGCGGCGGUGCUGGCCAUGGAGGAUUUGAUGACCGAGUACCUGCCCAUGUGCAGGGCCAUGCCCAAACUGGAGCUUCAUGCGCACCUGAAUGGCUCCAUUCGUGCUGCCACUCUUUUAGAAUUGGCGCGUGAGCGAGACGAGGAUUGCACUGAAUUGGAGAAUAUUCUAAAGAAAGAUAAGAGAUCCCUGCCAGAGACAUUCAAACUGUUUGGUCUCAUUCGUAUUUUGACUACUGACCAUCGCGUUAUUACACGUAUCACUCGAGAGGUCAUUGAAGAUUUUGCGGCUGAGAAUACCAUAUACAUUGAGCUCCGCACUGCUCCUAAGAAUAAUUCUGCAGUUGGAAUGACAAAGCGGUCAUACAUGGAAUCGGUUAAGGUAGGCCUGGAUAUUGCUGCUCCUGUGUCGCCUAUCCAUGUGCGCCUUAUCCUAAGCAUAGACCGUAGGGAGACAACAGAAGCAGCGAUGGAUACAGUGCGCCUUGCUUGCGAGUUGCGGAAAGAAGGAUGGGACAUUGCAGGCAUUGACUUGUCGGGCGAUCCUGCCAUUGGAGAAUGGACUACAUUUGCGCCAGCGUUGAUGUUUGCUCGAGAGCAGGGAUUUCCACUAGCUCUUCAUUGUGGAGAGGUGCGAAAUUCUGAGGAUAUACGCAGCAUGCUUGCCAUGCGCCCAGAGCGUCUUGGUCACGUAUGUUGUUUGGACAACUAUGAGUGGGAGGUGCUACUCGCCUCUCGUAUUCCAGUGGAGGUUUGCCUCACCUCUAACCUGGCUACGCAGAGUGUGCCUUCUAUCGAAGAACACCAUUUAGCGGUACUUCUCAAAUCCGAUCACCCCAUUGCUAUCUGCACUGAUGACACCGGCAUCUUUGCUACUAGUCUGUCCCGAGAGCUUGCUUUAGCAGCUUCUUGUCUUGCCCUAAAACCCGAGGAAGUAACGACACUUGCCAGAAGUGCAAUUGACUUUGCUUUUGCAGAGUCAUCAGUGAAGCGGACACUCCAUCAAACCUUCGAUAGCAGAGCUCAAAAAUUGCUUAACUCUCAUUCUUGCAUUUGAAAUCUUCACACAAGUUGCCAUGGUCUGGGAGGGGGGAUCUACGGCCCCUUUCUUUUGUUUGAGAGAUGGAACAUAUGUCAUGGUUUAUUCUGUGGUGCAAUUAAUUUUAGUCACAAUUUUUAUUUUUUUUGAUGUUUCAUUUAUUUUAUUUAUUUUUUCCUCCUUCUUUUGGGAGGUGAGAUUCAAUUCAGCUGGUCACUGUUAUAAUUUGUCCAUUUGAAUGAAUUUUAUUUUUGUUUUGUUCUGUUU